CUCUCUCUCUCUCUCUCUCUCAGUGAAGAGCUGCCGUUCAGUUGUUCCCCGUGAAUCGGUCCUCCGCGGCUUUAGAGAGAGACACACACACACACAGACACACACACACACACGCACGCACGCAGGUAGACAGACCCGGGCGCGCGUCAUGGCGCAGGUCGCGCACCUGUUCGUCGCGCUGGUGUGGAUUAUCAUCAUCAUCAUCAUCACCAUCAUCUCUGUGCACGGGGCUCUGUGCAGCGGCUCCGGCGGGGGUGUCGGCGUGCCGAACCGGAGGGACGAGCAGCAUCCGCGCCUGCUCCUCCGCGCUCAGGGUCCGGGGGAGGAGGAUGAGGAGGAUGAAGGGCAGCAGAGCGGAGCGGCACCGCGAAGACUCGGCAGGGCAGCGGCGGCGGCACCACACGGAGCGGCACCACACGGGGCCGAGGCGGCUCUCACCAGCAGCUCGUUCGUGCUGAAAGGAGACGCGGCGCACAACCAGGCGAUGGUCCACUGGACGGGAGAGAACAGCAGCGUCAUUCUCAUCCUGACGAGAUAUUACCAUGCGGAUUCCAGCAAAGUGCUCGAGAGCUCCCUCUGGAGGUCCACUGAUUAUGGAACUACCUACACCAAACUUAAUCUGAUGCCUGGGACCACCAUCAUAGUCACUAAUUUCUACAUUUGCCCCAGUAAUAAAAGAAAGGUGAUCCUGAUCAGCAACACCAUUAAUGAACAGGAUCAGAUGCUCUUCAUCAGCACAGAUGAGGGAGCAUCGUUCCAGAGACAGCCGCUGUCCUUCACCGUGGAGACGCUCCUGUUCCAUCCGUCGGACGAAGACAAACUGCUGGCUUACAGCAAAGAAGCCACGGUCUAUGUUUCCACUGAUCUGGGGAGGAAAUGGACACUGCUUCAGGAACGAGUGACGAAAGACAAAGUUUUCUGGUCAGUGGCCGGAGUGGAUGUCGACCCUGAUUUGGUUCAUAUGGAGAUUCAAGACACCAGUGGAGGUUACCUGUAUGUGACGUGUCUAAUACAAAACUGCUCGGAUAAGAUGGUGACGGCUCAGUUCCUGGGUAAAAUCGACCACAAUUCCCUCUCGGUGCAGAACGACUACGUGUUUGUGAAGGUCACCAAGGCUAACCGGACCAAGUGCUUUGUGUCAUAUCGCAGGAACGAGUUUGUGCAGAUGCGCUUGCCCAAGUUCAGCCUACCCAAGGAUGUACAGAUCGUGAGCACGGACGAGAACCAGGUGCUGCUGGCCCUGCAGGAAUGGUACCAGACGGACACGUACAACCUGUACGCGUCAGACCAGCAGGGUGUUUAUUACUCUGUCUUGUUGGAGAACGUGCGCAGCACCAAACAGCCCGAGGAGAACGUCAUCAUCGAUGUGCUGGAGGUACGUGGGAUCAAAGGCGUCUUCUUGGCCAAUCAGAAAGUAGAUGGCAAAGUCAGGACUCUCAUCACGUAUAAUAAAGGACAGGACUGGGAGCUGCUAACUCCGCCCAUCGCCGACAUGAACGGCAAACCAGUGAACUGCAAACAGCCAGACUGUCAUCUUCACCUCCACCUGAGAUGGGCAGAUAACCCAUACGUCUCUGGGACGGUCCACACUAAAGACUCCGCCCCCGGCCUCAUCAUGGGUGCAGGCAAUCUCGGCUCUCAGUUGGUUGAAUAUAAAGAGGAGAUGUACAUCACCAAUGAUUGCGGAAAGACCUGGAGACAGGUGUUCGAAGAGGAGCACCACAUCCUGUAUCUGGAUCACGGUGGCGUCAUCGUGGCCAUUAAGGACACCUCCAUCCCGUUAAAGAUCCUCAAGUUCAGUGUGGAUGAAGGACGUACAUGGAGCAUUCACAAUUUCACCAGCACGUCGGUGUUCGUCGACGGCUUACUAAGUGAACCCGGAGAUGAGACGCUCGUUAUGACUGUGUUUGGUCACAUUAGCUAUCGCUCAGACUGGGAGCUAGUGAAGGUGGAUUUCCGUCCGUCUUUUCCCCAGCAGUGUAAUGAGGACGACUACGACUCGUGGAAACUCACUAACCUACAGGGAGCUCGUUGCAUCAUGGGCCAGGAGCAAUCGUACAGAAGAAGGAAGGAGUGGUCUCUCUGCGUUAAAGGGAAGAGUUACACGUCUGCGCUGUCUGCUAAACCCUGUCAGUGCACCGAGAAAGACUUCAGCUGUGAUUAUGGGUUUGAGCGCAGCCCGAAGGUGGAGGGUGAUCGCUGUUACCACGACUUCUGGCACGAUCCUGAAACUCCGCCUGAAAACUGCAAUUUGGGACACACCUACAAAAGCAGUACAGGUUACCGUAAGCUCAUCUCCAACAUGUGUGAAGGCGGAAUCAAUAAAGAAGACAUCGGAAAGGAGCACGCCUGCCCUUUAAUGCCGCCCAGUGGCCUACAACUGGGCAUCAAGGGCCAGAUGCUUACAGUGGCGCCUGGUGACGACAUCACCUUCAUCGUCCAUCAGGAGCGGGGUGACACGAGCAGUACGCGGUACCAGGUGGACCUCUCUGACGGAGUUCAAGCCAUUUAUCAAAACCUAACGGUGACAGAUGAGCCGAUCCAACAUCGUUAUGAGAAGCCGGGUUUUUAUCGCGUCAGUGUGAAGGCGGAGAACACAGCCGGUCAUGAUCAGGCAACGUUGUACAUCCGGGUCACAUUGCCCCUACAGGGAGUCCACCUGGAAGUAGUGCCGAUCGCAGGAAGGAAACAGGAAGUCAACCUGACUGCUGUGGUUCUUCCUGAGGAUUCAAAUCUCACUGUCUACUACUGGUGGAUCGGAGAGGAGCUGCAGCCAAGACUAACCCUUGAGAACAGCAUUCUAACGAGUUUUCCCGAAGAAGGUGAGGUCUCUGUCACUGUUCAGGCAUCUAACGGACGCUCCACAGUGCAGGACAGCAAAAUCGUACGCGUUUAUGAUAAUUUCCUGGUCAUUCCGCUCAGCUUCAGUCAGAACUUGGAUCGCUUUAACCCGAACAUCCCGGAGUGGAGGGCAGACGUGGGGCAUGUGGUCACCAAGAUGUUGGCUAAGAUCACAGGACUUCCUCAGGAGUCGAUGGUUACCACGGUGAAGCCCGGGCUGCCAACCAGAGCAGACUUAUACGUGCUGCCCACAGUGGACACGCCCAUCACGAGGAGUGGGUUUGCAGAUAAGCAUGUGUCCACCAUAAAGCAGGCUCUGAGGGAGAGUAAUGUCAGCUUUAUUGUGCGUGGUGGACUGAGAGUGCUGGUGACUCUGACAGAUCCUAAUGCAGACUCUCGGAUUGGUGCUGCAAGUCCCGGGUUCUGGGCUUUAGCUGGCAUUCUCCUCAUCACCUUCAUCACUACAGGACUCUUCCUCCUCUACAAGUUUAAAAGAAAGCUGCCCGGGCGUAACGUUUACGCCCAGAUGCACAAUGAAAAAGAGCAGGAAAUGACCAGCCCUGUCAAUCACAGUGACGACACACAACACAUCAUCCAGGGGGAGGAGUUUAUAGACGAUGACCUUGAGACACAGACCCUGGGGAACGGCCGAGGCAACCACUCGGGCGUCGUGCUGAGCAUCACAUCGCGGGAACUUCACGGGUACCUGAGCAGCUGAUGCUCUUUAGCUCCACCCACCAGAACGGAGGCUGCCUUUAACUCCAAACACCUAAAUAAACAAUGCCUUCUAGGCCACACCCACAUGUGACCCUAACACGCCAGGACAGGAGGAAAAGUGAAACUGCACAUGUUAACCAUCAGCACAGCAAAACCUCUCUCACCGCCAGUCUCCUCCCUUGUUCUCUUCCUUCUGUCUCUUUAACACUCUCUACUCUGAUAUAGUUCCUGUCUCUUGGGAUAACGGCACGUCCGCAGCACUUACACUUUCCCUGACGCCCAGGGGCCACGUUUACUUCCUGUCACGUGACUGCUCAGUGCACUCUGAUCGGCUGUCUCGGAGAGUCCGCUACAGAAUAGAGGGGUCACUUUCUUUUAGAUGUCUGUGGUGGUUAUUGUGGUGUGUGAUACUUUACAGGUUUUUUUUCUUUAUAAAGUCUCAAACUUUUAGUUCUUUCUUCUAUGUUUUCCUCAUUUUAGUUCCAGUUGGUGUAUAAAUAUUUUUCCCUCCGGCCUCAACGGUGCUGUUCUUGGUCUGAAUCUCUCACCCAAACCAUGACUUUUUUUUCUUUUUUUUUUACGUUUUAUUCCAAAUAGCAGUGAGGUUGUGGGUAGACUCUUGUUGAAAUGACCAGGAUGAGUGUGUAAUUCAGGAGUAGCCAUGUUUAGAGAUCCAGCCAAAGGGAACCAUAGACAAUAAUUCCCCAUCACUACUGAAAUUUCUCUUUUUGUCAUCCAUACUUUCAGAUGCAAUAAGAAUUCACAGGGUUACUGUCUUCUACUAAGUGUAAAGGCACAGAAAGAUCUUCCUCACUUAUAUUGUUAUAUGCAGGAGAAAUGCAGCAGGGUUGUGUUUUUUUGUGUGAAAAUUGUAAAAAAAAUAAUAAUGAUAAAAAUAAUUGGAGGAAAGGUAGAGGAUGAAAAUUAAUGCCAAAUGCCAUCACAAGAUAUUUGUUUUGUUUAUUUAACACUAUAACAAAAUGACAUCCCAUAUACUGUACGUUACAUAUGCAGUCAUUUUCAUUUAUUUGUUUGUUUAGCUUAAUUUGGGUUUAAUUUCAUUUUAGUUCCUGUUUAAGAUCUCAUUUUAUUCAGGAGAGGGCAAGGUGGUAUUAUUAUUAUUAUUAAUGACAAAGAUUUUUUAUUAGUUUGUUUUUGUUCAGUCUUUAAACUGUUGAUAUUCUGUGGAUCUAUAGAUAGCAUACGACAGAAAUGACGAAACCUUCCCGAUCUUAAGGUCUACAGCGCAGUCUGUUGUUCAUCAGAUGAUUAAUUAAAUAGAGUUUUGCAAGUCUGCUUUUGUACGUGCAAAGCCUAUAUUAGGCAAAACCUGACCGGUUAAAAGUUCCCCGUUUAUUUAGCUCAUGUAUAUAGGUGUGUGUGUGUGUGCGUGCGUGUGUGUGUGUGUGUGUGUGAACUGUCCAGUUGUACAUAGUCCCUUUCCAAAUAAGAUAUUUCACAUUACAGAGCAAAACAUGCACAGUUUCCGAGCUCUCCGGACUUUCCCUAGGGCUAACACAGAUCGUUUUCCUGAUCAUGUCAUGUGUUUAAUCACAACUAUUUACAGGAUGUUCCUUUUCACCCUGCUGUAUCCAAAACCCUCACACAAUAACCAGAGCUUUGUGUGUAAUGCUGCACUGGUCCAUUAUUAUGUGUAUAACGUCAGAUCAUUCUGUUCAUUGUAUUCUACAAUAAGUCACCGUUCUUUUGUUUAGGGGAGUUCAUGCAGAUCGGUUUAAGGAACUCUUGAGCUUGUAACUGGGCUUGCACUAUUUCAUUUUUUUUCUUGGCUCUCCCGAAACAGUUGAACUUCAUUUAAAUAAAAGAAGAGAACUGGAUCUGCUUUUCCUUACCUAGAUCAACUCAGAUUUUCAUUCUCAUCUGCUUAGAGUUUCUCCCUGAAGUCUAACAUUGACUUUAUACUGCAUUUGGUUUAAUUAUGGCCCUUACAUGAAACAAAAAGAGAGAUUUUGAAAUAUUUUUGAGGGAAAACAUGUUUUGUACCUGUGCAUAUAUUUGGCAUAGCAGUAGUUUAGAGGGAAUUAGGUAUGUAGUAACAUCAUUCAGGAAAUAAAGUCUUGCUGAAUCGCAGCUAAGGACAGGCCAGUUAAAAUCAGCAUUUUUUUAAAUCAGUAGUUUUUCUCUUUUUGGUUAAGACUGGUCUUAAAACUUAAA